CCCCGUCUCUCUCCACCGUGUUGCUUUUCUUCCCCAUUUCGCUGCUUUGUUUUCAUUGUCGCUCUUUUUGAUCAUGGCUGCUCACUCUACCGAGGAACCGUUCCCUUUCCACGGGCUGCUCCCCAAGAAAGAAACCGGCGCCGCCUCUUACCUCACCAGGUUCCCCGAGUAUGACGGCAGAGGGGUCCUCAUCGCCAUCCUGGACACCGGCGUGGACCCCGGGGCCCCCGGCAUGCAGGUCACCACUGAGGGGAAGCCAAAGAUCGUCGACAUCAUUGACACGACAGGCAGUGGUGACGUGAACAUGACCACGGUGGCGGAGCCGAAAGAUGGGACGAUCACUGGCGUCUCUGGUAGAACACUUAAGAUCCCUCCUUCCUGGGUCAAUCCAUCAGGGAAGUUUCGCAUAGGAGUUAAAAAUGGGUAUGAGUUCUUCCCUAAGGCUCUCAAAGAAAGAAUACAGAAAGAGCGAAAGGAGAAGGUGUGGGACCCACCCCACAGAGCUGCACUGGCAGAGGUCAGCCGCAAAACAGAAGAGUUUGACCUCGCUCAUCCGACACCCUCACAGAUGGAGAAGUUACAGAAAGAAGAGCUUCAGAGUCAGUCAGAGCUUCUGGCUUCACUAGAAAAGAAGUACAGUGAUCCCGGUCCUGUGUAUGACUGUGUGCUUUGGCAUGAUGGCACCUCGUGGAAGGCUGUAGUCGACACUUCAGAGUGUGGAGAGCUGUCCCAGUGCACUGUGCUCGGCUCAUACAGAGAGACGCAAGAGUACGCAACGUUAGGAAACGCAGAGAUGCUGAACUACUCUGUGAAUAUUUAUGAUGAAGGGAACACGCUCUGCAUUGUCACUAGUGGAGGGGCUCAUGGGACACACGUAGCGAGCAUAGCGGCGGGUUACUUCCCAGAAGAACCAGAACGCAAUGGUGUGGCCCCCGGUGCCCAGAUUCUGGCCCUGAAGAUCGGCGACACGCGCCUCAGCACCAUGGAAACAGGCACAGGACUCAUCCGAGCGAUGAUUGAAGUCAUCAACUACAAAUGCGAUCUGGUGAACUACAGCUAUGGAGAAGCCACCCACUGGCCCAAUACUGGGAGGAUUUGUGACGUGAUCACAGAAGCCGUGCAGAAGCACAAUGUCAUUUUCGUCUCAAGUGCGGGAAAUAACGGCCCCUGCCUCUCCACGGUCGGCUGUCCGGGAGGAACCACCAGCAGCGUCAUAGGGGUGGGAGCGUAUGUGACUCCAGAUAUGAUGGUAGCGGAGUAUUCCCUGAGGGAGAAGCUGCCUCCGAACCAGUACACGUGGUCGUCCCGGGGCCCCAGCACCGACGGGGCUCUGGGCGUCAGCAUCAGCGCCCCCGGCGGCGCCAUCGCGUCUGUACCCAACUGGACCCUCCGCGGUACGCAGCUGAUGAACGGCACGUCCAUGUCGUCCCCCAACGCCUGUGGCGGCAUCGCACUCGUCCUCUCAGGGAUGAAACAAAAUGGGAUCCAGCCCACUGUUCCUGCUGUGAGGAGAGCGCUGGAGAACACGGCCCUGAAGGUGGAUGACAUUGAGGUGUUUGCACAGGGCCACGGAAUCAUCCAGGUGGACCGGGCAUUAGACUACCUCACUCAGCACGCCUGUCUGCCCACAAGCCAACUCGGCUUCUCGGUAACCGUGGGAACACAGAGAGGCAUCUACCUCAGAGAUCCAACCCAGAUCCUGUCACCCUCCGACCACGGAGUGGGAAUCGAACCCAUCUUCCCAGAGAACACAGGAAACUCGGAGCGGAUCUCCUUGCAGUUGCAUCUGGCGCUCACGUGCGCCGCCCCCUGGGUCCAGUGCCCCUCCCAUUUAGAGCUGAUGAACCAGUGUCGCCAUGUCAACGUCCGCAUCGACCCGGCGGGGCUGAGGGAAGGCGUGCACUACACAGAGGUGUGUGGGUACGAUACGGCGGCGCCGACCUGCGGCCCGUUAUUCCGAGUCCCAAUCACAGUCAUCAUCCCUGCCAAAGUGACAGAUAGCCGGAAUCCGGAGAUUUGUUUCACGGACGUCCAUUUUCGGCCGGGCCAGAUUCGACGCCACUUCAUCACUGUUCCUCAGGGAGCCUCCUGGGCAGAGAUCACUCUGACCUCCCAUUCAGGCGAUGUUUCGUCCAAGUUUGUCCUUCACGCGGUGCACCUGGUGAAGCAGAAGGCCUACAGAGCCAACGAGUUCUACAAGUUCUCCUCUCUGUUGGAAAGAGGCUCGCUGACCGAGGCCUUCCCUGUUCUGGCUGGUAAAGUGGUGGAGUUCUGCAUCGCGCGCUGGUGGGCCAGCCUGGGAGACGUCACUGUGGACUACAGCAUCUCCUUUCACGGACUCCACACCUCUCCUUCACCUCUGCACAUACAUGCUUCUGAAGGAGUGACGACUUUCGAUGUGUCCUCUCCCCUGAGAUAUGAGGAGGUGUCUCCUACUAUCACUCUCAAGUCGUGGGUACAGCCCUUGAGGCCUCUAAAUUCAAAGAUAAAAGCCUUGGGAGUACGAGAUGUCCUACCGAACAACAGGCAACUCUACGAGAUCGUCCUCACCUAUAGUUUUCAUCAGCCUAAGAGUGGAGAGGUCACACCGAGCUGCCCGACGCUCUGCGAGCUGCUGUACGAGUCCGAGUUCGACAGUCAGCUCUGGAUGCUGUUCGAUCAGAACAAGAGGCUGCUGGGCUCAGGCGAUGCCUACCCACACCAGUAUUCUCUGAAGCUGGAAAAGGGGGACUACACCGUCCGUCUGCAGGUCCGCCACGAGCAGUCCAGCGAGCUGGAGCGCCUCAAAGACCUGCCGUUUGUGGUUUCCCACCGUCUGUCCACCACCCUCAGCCUGGACGUGUAUGAGACGCACCGCGCCGCCCUGAUGGCCAAGAAGAAGGCGAACUCUGUCACCUUGUGCCCCGGCAUGACGCAGCCUUUCUACGUCACAACUCUGCCAGACGACAAGAUCCCCAAGGGGACGAGUCCCGGAUGCUACCUGUCGGGCUCUCUGAGCGUGCCCAAGAGCGAGUACGGCAAGAAAGCUGCGCAGGCCUCUGCAAAACGGCAAGGAAAGUUUAAAAAGGACAUUGUUCCAGUCAUCUACCACCUCAUCCCCGCGCCCAACAAGUCCAAGAACGGCGGGAAGGAGAAGGACAAGGAAGGAGACAAAGAGAAGGAUGUAAAAGAUGAGUUCGCAGAAGCCAUGAGAGAUCUGAAGAUCCAGUGGAUGACAAAGUUGGACUCCAACUCCAUCUAUGAUGAACUGAUGGAGAACUACGCCGAUUACCUCCCGCUGCAUGUCCAGAGACUCCACCAGCUGGAUUCAGAGAAGGAGCGUGCCAAGCGUCUGAAAGACGUGGUGGCUGCAGCCGACAUCGUCAUCUCCCACAUCGACCAGACGGCCCUGGCCGUUUACCUCACCAUGAAGACCGACCCUCGGCCGGACGCCGCCUCGAUCAAGACCGACAUGGAGAAGCAGAAGUCGUCCCUGCUGGACGCUCUGUGCAGGAAAGGCUGCGCGCUGGCCGACCAGCUCCUGCUGCCGCCUGCCCCACAGGACGGCGCCGUCGCCACAGGCUCGGCGGCUGCCACGGGCGAGGAGGCGGUGGAGGAGGCAGCCAGCAGUUCAGACGACGUCCAGCAGAACGUGGCCAAAGCCCUUUUGGACACUUUUUGGGAGGUGCAGAAGUGGGCGGAGUUAACGGACUCCAAGGUGCUGAUGUUCUCAUACAAACACGCUCUGGUGAACAAGAUGUACGGCCGAGCCUUGAAAUACGCCUCAAAGAUCGUGGAGGAGAAGCCCAGCAAAGAGAACAUGAAGAACUGCAUCCAGCUCAUGCGUCACCUCCGGUGGACGCACUGUGCCACCUUCAGUGAGAACUGGCUUCCUGUCAUGUACCCCGCUGACUACACACCAUUUUAGACACACACAGACACACACACAUGCAUGCUUGGGCAGCAUGGCCACAACUGGCAACUUUGAUAUCUUGUCCCUCAGGGUCACGGGGUCUAUGCAUCUGACCAACCAGCUGCCUCCUGAGGAUUAAGGGUUUUUUUUUUUUUCUGUUUUUUUUUUUUCCACACAUGUAUCAAAUUGAGCAUCAAAAUAAAGGACAACAUAGAAUUUAAUUGGUUUUAUGCACUCGACACCUUGUGAGGUGAAAGACUGAUUUCCCAGGAGUCUCUUCAGAACAGCUCCUGGGCUCAGCAGCCAAGUUUUUUCACUUCUGUACUUUUCUCUUUUUUGUCAUCUUCGCGGACUUUUGCCGGUGCUUCUUUUUUUUUUUUUUCAAUAGUGCCAUCUCCGGACACACACGGUGAUUGAGAAACUACCUGUCGAUCUUUUUUUUUUUUUUUUUUUUCCCCCCACCCUCUUUUCAUGAAAUGCUCGGCAAGAAAUGCUUGAGAAUCGGAUCAGCGGCAAUGGGGGGGGGGAGGGAGCAGCAGGAAACACUUAUGCAGGCCUGACAUUGAACUGUUGGUCAGGAUUUCUUCAUGCUAGGCACACUUGAAACCAAGUUCCCUGGAUUUAUUUACACUGACAAACUUUUUCUUUCCUUUCUGUUUGAGCGCCACAGUCUCUCGCAUUAACAGGCUCAGCCGUGUUACUGAAUUCCACCACAUCAACUGUUCCGAAACAAAUUUCCAGGUUAAUCUCAUGCAGCUCAUUGGUGUUUCAGUUGAUUGCUGUCAUUUUUCAGUGGUCUGAACUCCAUAUAACCUCAUUUUCCUGUGUAAAUACUGUAAAAAAAAAAAAAAAAGAAGAAGAAAGGGCCAGUGUUGGACUCCAGGGAUGCAUCCCAAACUGUGAUUUAUUCACUUUAAAACACACAUAAGAUUCCAGAAAAGCUCAAAGCUGGUUGAUUCUCCUGCCUUGGUGAGCAGACAUCAGGAGUCGCUGCCGUCAGCCUGACCUCUGAAUGAAAAGGGAGUUUUGGACUCACUCACCACUUUUAUUUUUGAUGAUUCAGUCUCGUCGGGUUGAGAAAGUUUCAGUCUUGUUCUCGUCUGUCUCAGACCACAAAACAGUGUCGAGGUGCCUUUCUGCGUGUACCUUACCUCUCUGACAGGGGGGAGAAAGGGGGGGUUCUGGCGGCGAGGAGCUGCACGAGCGGUCGCCAUCAUUUCACCCAUCAAGCCUCGUGCUUCAGAGCUCCGUGGUGUGUGUGUGUGUGUGGAAGACACAUGUAAUUGGCUCCUGUUUGCCUCCGGAGGCGCUGGCCGCUCGCCCCACGAUGCGACUCCCCAAGCAGCACAUCUGGCGGUCGGUCCGCCACGCCUCAGUGACGCCACCAUACAGUUGUGAGCAGCAGGAAGGAAUUUCAGAUCGGAUUUCAUAGUGAAACGUUCACACAGUAUUAGAUGUUUCUGUGCAGCAGUGCACAUGUACACAGUGUCAUAAAGUGAUGUACAUACACACGUAACAUACAGAUGAUUAAGAUGCAAUAGGUAUAUAACGGAAUAUUCUAAUCGAUGUAUUUUGCAUAUAUGCAUGUCUUCUAGGAUGUGAGGAAAAAAAAAUAGUUUUAUGUGGAAUCAGAAUUUAGUUUGUUUCAAUUUGAAAGAUUUUUAACCUGAAAGAGUUGUUGUUGCUGAUUAUCACUGUUAUUUCCAUAAGUGUGUUUUCGUGAAUGGCUUCACUUGUACUUGUGAGCGUUUUCUUUUCUUUUUUUUUUUAAUAUGUGAACGUUUCUUCUUACAAAACUGAAUUGAUAGCCAUUGAAAUGAGUUUCCUUCUGAUUUCUUCAUGUACCUUUAAGAAACGAUUCCAGUGUUUUUGAUCCUGUUAACAUUCUUUUUCUAUUAAGUUUUGGAUUUUUGAGGCAUUUUUUUGUCUGCCUCUUCUUUGUAAAAGAUGAAAUUGUUCAAGCUUGAUGGGAAUUGGGGUGAAACCUUAAUGUUGAAAAAAAAAAUUUCUCCUGCCUGCACUUUGCUACUGAUCUUCACUAAUGCUGACUUAAAGAUGGCAUUUGAAGGCAAAAUCUUUGUUUCGGUCAGUGUGAUUGGUCGAAAAAUCGACUCCCACAUGAAAUCGCCAAAAUAUCAGGGAAAUUAAAAGAACCUGAACAUAAGUAGAAUUGCUUCUAUAACCACAACAUAUCACUAGAAUGAAACUCACAUGUUUCUGAAUGGUCUUAAACCGCUUCAGAGGUUGGGGAUAGUGAAUGAGAAAUAUCACAAUAGUUAAAUCCUUAAAUCCAGCUUUGUAUUCAGAAGAGCCUUUGUGCCACAAUUCAUAGGAGGCUGGGAAAGAUGCAAAUAUUUUCUGAGCUGCUGAUUGCACGGAGAUAGUUGCAACUAUAUUUUCCAGCUUUAAUAUGGGAUAAAUCGAUUGUCUUAAGUCUGAGGUGCUCACUCCGUCCUAACUUCCAGAUUUCUUCUACUGUCUCGCUUGUCAACUCGGUAACGGUUGUAGAUGAAGUUCAGCCUUUUCUUGAGCACCGGAUUUCUAUGUUAAACUUUUCCCUGCAGUAUGUCCGUGACAUUUCACCUAAAGUGUGGUUUCUUAUUAUGGAGCUACUUGAAAACUGUAAAGAGUGAAAGGAAAAGUGUCUCAAAAAGUCCAAAACUUUAAAACAUGACAAAAUAUAAAGGAAACUUAAGAAUGACUUGUGAUUUAAAACACUGGUUUCGUCUUUUGAAAGAUCUCACCUUCAUCAUAUCCAGGAGAAGGACGACAUAAAACCCAUCAAAACACCGUGCGAUAUCCUGUCUCAUCUGUAAUAUCAUCAGUUUAACCAAAGAGCGGUUUCUCAUGUUACGAUGGUUUGGAUGGAACAUGAAGGCAUCACAGUGCCGGAGCCGGAGGAGGAAGCAGAUUCCCGCUGUUUAUGCUGCGGCUCCUGUGGCUUCACCUUCCCUCGGCGAGGCCUUCUAACAAGUCAAAUAUCCACACUCAAGAAUGUAAACGCAGCUGCUUUCAAGCUCCUGUGGGAGCGAGGCAAUCUUUUCUUGGAGUGAACGAGCGGUUUUAACUCUUGUUCGCGCAGGGCUAAAAGCUCCUGGUGUCUGUGUUUGUCGCUGUGGCUCGUUUCGCUCUCGGCCUCAUCUCAGGCCUUUGCAAGUGCACCGAGGUUCAGUGAAAUAAGUUUGGUUUUUCGCCGAGUUUGUGCACGCCCUCUUUUUUUUUUAUGUCUUCUUUUUUCCUCCUCGGUGUGUUUUUGGUCAGACGUGUUGCGUUCAGGGCUCAGUUAUCUACAGUAUGCGUUGCCAAUGACAGUCUCUCCGAAAAUGGCCUUAACUUUCGCCACGGGACUUCGCCGUCCACUUCCGGCAUCAAACAGACUUCUCAUAUCUGUGGCUCUCACUCUGAUGGUGUCAGGAAAGACUUCCGAAAAGCUCUUUAUGUAUGUUGAGUGUUUAUAUUUAUAGUUAUGAAAACAAUCUGAUAAAUGCCAAUAUUUUAGAGAAUGUUACAACAUAAGGUUAUAUGCUCCUAGUGUUAUUUUCUACCCAUUCUUCCUUGAUGACGUGUGAAAGCUCCGAGCUACUGUCACCGUUUUGUGCUCACGUGGAAUAAAGUCACAAAUCAGAAGAAUGACACUGAAUAAAAACAGUUUGGAAGAUUUCAAGUGUU